AUGAAGAAGUAUCCUUGGCAAAAUUAUACCAGAGAAUACUUGGAGAAUACACUUUCCGGCUCGCAAAAUUAUACCAGAGAAUACUUGGAGAAGUAUCCUUUUAUUCAAGUUGAUCAAUUGCCCCUCGAGCAAGUUCCUGAUCAUAUUGGGAAUUAUGAUCUCUGUGUUGUAAAAACCAUGCGGUUCGAUUCAAACGUCAUAGCUCGUGCAAAACAGAUGAAGCUUAUUAUGCAGUUUGGUGUUGGCCUAGAAGGCGUUGAUAUCGAUGCUGCUACGAAGAAAGGGAUAAAAGUUGCCAGAAUUCCUGGGGAUGCUACUGGAAAUGCUGCAUCUUGGGCUGAAAUGGCUAUAUGUUUAAUGUUGGGUCUUCUUCGGAAACAGAAUGAGAUGCUAAUAUCUGUAAAGCAGAAGACGCUUGAAGAGCCUACCGGGGACACACAUCUGGGUAAAACGGUCUUUAUAUUGGGAUGUGGAGAUAUUGGAAUUGAAUUUUCAAAGCGCUUGAAACCAUUUGGUGUUAAAGUUAUUGCUACAAAAAGGAGCUGGCCCUCAAAUUGGGAACUUCUUUACCCCAAAAUUAUUGAUGAUUUGAUUGACAAGAAAGGCAUUCAUGGAGACAUUUACGAGUUUGCAAGCGAUGCUGACACAGUUGUCUGUUGCCUGAGUUUGUAUAAAGAAACAGUUGGCAUAGUGAACGAGUCCUUCAUAUCUUCAAUGAAAAGGUUUGGAGACCUUUUGGUGAAUGUUGCUCGAGGAGGUCCACUAGACUACGAGGCUGUUGUGCACCAUCUCGAAUCUGGACAGUUAGGGGGCUUAGGAAUGGACGUUGCAUGGACAGAACCAUUUGACCCUGAUGACCCCAUUCUGAAAUUCAACAAUGUUAUACUUACACCCCAUGUUUCUGGGAUUACUGAACAUUCUUGCAUAUCCAUGGCUAAGGUUAUUGGUGAUGUUGCCUUACAACUUCAUGCUGGAAACCAUUUCACAGGGAAAGAGUUGGUCAAUUAGGUUGGCUCAGAAUCGAACCUACUAACCGAGACUGUUGAUUUUAGGUUCGUUCGAUCAUUUAAAAUAUCUCCAUUA